UCCUUCGUGCCGCCCUGGCAAUGGUGGCAGAGUUUCAGCUUCUAUCCGCCAAAUCGUCUGCUAGCGCCGGGAAAGAGGUUUGAAAUAACCGUAGUUGUUUUGUGAGCCGGCGGUGUGCCCUUGCGGGCCCAUGGUAUCAUCGGGAUGAGCAGUGCCAGCAGGUCCAGGGAGGUGAUCGUGCCCCUCUACUUAGCCCUGGUGAGGCACAUCUGGAGUGUUGUGCCCAUUUCUGGGCUCCUCAAGGCAGGAGAAACAUGGAUGAUUCGGGGUCUGGAGCACCUCUUAGGAGAGACUGAGGGAGCUGGGCCUCUCUAGUGUGAAGAUCGAGAGGGGAUUUCAUUAAUGCAGUAUCUUCCAAUGAACACAAGUUAAACUUCAAGAAGAGCAAGGAAGCAUGUUUAAGUUACAUUCAGGAUGCCUUGCUCCAAAAGCAGUGGAAAAGGGCUGCAGAGUUCCUGACCUGCUAUGUUGAGUCACUAGAGAAGGACUAUUCCAGAGAACACAUAGGUCCAUCAGAGAUGAUUUGGAGAAUAGGAACUGAAAUUUUGUGGCGUCAUUCCCAAAGCAGGAUGAAAGAGUUCAACUGUUUCAUGGAACAGAUGAAAACUUUAGGAGUAAAAAGGUACUUGAAGGUCUGCUUGGAGCAUGUCUUCCAUCUCCUCUGUAAUGGGCAAAUAGAUGAAGCCUACCAGAACCUGUCCCUGGCAGAAAGCUGGAGGUUUGGAGAGCAAACAGCCAUUCGGGAUAAGGAAAUUAAGCUGAUUCAGGCUUACAGGGGACUCUUGGACUACUGUAGCUGGUCUAAGCAGAAGAAAAUCCUGUUAGAACAUGGUGAGGAUGGAUUUGCAGACUUGGCUGUUGAGCAGGAAAUGCACAGUUACUUCCGGAAGGCAGCAGUGAACUUGAAGGAGAUUAUUAAAAUACCUGGAAUCUGGGAUGUCUUUGUGAAAUGCUAUGUGGAUUUGCUGGAGUUCUAUGGAGAGCACAAUGAGGCCCGCCAAGUGUUAAAUGAAUAUGCCUACAACUCAAAGUUCCCUGCUAACCCCAAUGCCCAUGUCUACCUCUAUCAGUUCCUCAAGAGGCAGGGUGAAUCAAAGAAAUCCCUCAUAUCUGCACUGAAGAUCUUGCAUGAUAUUGUUCCUUCUCAUGAACUAAUGAUAGAUUUUAAUACCAUGCUUCAAAAAUCAAAGAAAAGAAAAAAGUGUCAACUGGGACUAGAAGUUAUUUUUGCAGCCUUGGAUUAUGCUGGCUGGAAAGAAAAUGCAAAAGCAUGGAGCUGUUUGGCAAGACAGGUGAAACAAAUUGUAAUCACCGAGAAGCAUCUUGACUGGAUCCAGCAAGAGUGGAACUCCAGGAAGGACUGGUGGCCAGACUUCCAUUUUAGCCAUUACUUGGCAAAAAGGAAUUGGCAGGAAAAUAAAAGCCUUUCACAUGAAAAAGCUCUGGUGGCUGGAAUCCUGCUGGGAAAGGAUUGCAAAUACUUCAAAUAUGUAUCACACCAAGGCUGCAAAGCUCGGCUGAAAAGGUUUCGGAUGCUGAAGAAGUUUGUGACUAGGCACAAUCCUGUCUACCUGAGAAUAUCUGGUCCUCCAGAUUGCUCUGUUCAGCCUUGAUGAGAAGGUGUCCCUAAGGUUCUUGGUACUUUUUCCUCUCUGUAAAACUGACUUUUGUGUUGGUGGUACUCCAAAACCUUUAGGCAGACCCUAUUGACUCAGUACUAGACUUUUUAAAAAUAUAUUUAUGUAAAACCACUUUGGUUGGUAUUUAUUUUAUAAUAAAAUGAAUAUAAAUCAAGUGAUAAUGUCUGAAGAAAGAAUUACAGAAAGAAUUUCUGUAAUGUUACUCUAAUAUUUGUGUGAAAUGCUAACAGUGUUGAUUUCAAAUACAUCUUAAAAGAGCAGAGGCACAGAAAUACUGAGAAAUUCUCUACCUCCUGGAAGAAACUUUUUUUUGCAGUCAUGCCCAUGAGUUGAAAUACGCAGUGUUGCCGUGUUUGGAAAGCAAAUGUUCAUGUGUUAUCACAAACCAGAAUUCCAGUUUCCUUGAAAACAACAACAAAAUGGUUUCCAAAUAAUACUUCUGUUUUAAUGCCGCAUCUGUAGAAUUCUGGAGGGUGAAGUGCUUGAACCUCCCUCUGGGAUUUUGGUCUGGGUUCAGAUAGGUCUUGUGAGAAGUGCCUUAAGUCAACGUAUCUUAAACAUUAAGUGAAAUA